GAUUUUACGUGAUGACGUUGUGGAGGCUCAGCUAUGAUGGCAGCCGUAGGUUGACAUCAAAACGAUACAGAAUAUUAAGUAUCUCAAAGUUAGCGGAAAAGCCCCGACACAAUAACACAGAACACAUUAACAUUUUCCAGAUAGCACACGCUUUAACACACACCUGCCCGGUUAGGGGAACGUGGCACUAUGCCCGCAGCCACUGUGGAUCACAGCCAAAGAAUAUGUGAGGUUUGGUCCAACAACCUGGAGGAGGAGCUGAAGAGGAUCCGACAGGUCAUCCGAAAAUACAACUAUAUCGCAAUGGACACGGAGUUUCCGGGCGUCGUAGCCAGACCGAUCGGGGAGUUCAGGAGCAACGCUGACUACCAGUACCAGUUGCUGCGCUGCAACGUGGAUCUGCUGAAGAUAAUACAGCUGGGCCUCACAUUCAUGAACGAGCAGGGAGAAUAUCCUCCAGGAACGUCAACGUGGCAGUUCAACUUUAAGUUCAACCUCACAGAAGAUAUGUAUGCACAGGACUCCAUCGAGCUUCUGACCACUUCAGGGAUUCAGUUCAAGAAGCACGAGGACGAAGGCAUCGAGACGCUGUACUUCGCGGAGCUGCUGAUGACCUCCGGAGUGGUGCUGUGUGACGGCGUCAAGUGGCUGUCCUUUCACAGCGGCUACGACUUUGGAUACCUGAUCAAGAUCCUGUCUAACGCCAACCUGCCUGAGGAGGAGGUGGACUUCUUUGAGAUUCUCCGCUUGUACUUCCCGGUCAUUUAUGACGUCAAGUACCUCAUGAAGAGCUGCAAGAACCUGAAGGGCGGGCUGCAGGAAGUAGCUGAGCAGCUGGAGCUGGAGAGGAUCGGACCGCAGCACCAGGCCGGCUCGGACUCUUUACUCACCGGCAUGGCGUUCUUCAAAAUGAGAGAGAUGUUCUUCGAGGAUCACAUCGACGAUGCGAAGUACUGCGGCCACCUGUACGGGCUGGGCUCGGGCUCCACCUACGUGCAGAACGGAACGGGAAACGCCUACGAAGAGGAGGCCAACAAGCAGCAGUCGUGACAUCGCCGGAGUCUCCCACCGUCUCACAGUCCGGCACGGCUCCGAGGCGGCGAGCCGGUUUCACCACCACCGCCAUAACGGAGGAACAAAACCACCAACGUACAUUCGCGUUAUUUAGCUGUCUUUUUUUUUUUUUUCUUCUUCUUCUUCCCGAUCGGCUGCGCCCAUCUCAGACGAGCGAACAAGAAGCCCGGCCGUUCCUCGUCCGCGCCGUGAGCCGCAUGCACGAGUUUAGUCUUUUAUCCCUUGCGAGGCGGCGCCAAGACGGCGCUCGGUUCGGUUCGGUUUGAACACGCCUGAAAAGAUGGAAUUUUAGUUCUCCUCAAGUGUUCUGCAGACAUGUUUUUUGCACUUUACGAAAGAAAAAAAAAAAUAAGCUAGAAAAAAAAACAAAAGAAGAAGAAGCUCUAACCCUGAUUUUAUACGGAACGCUGAACACGUUUCCGGUGCGUCUCCGUCUCCUCUCCGUUGCCUUCCGUGUUCUUGUUUUGUUCACAUCGUGAACACGUCUCCCGCCGCCGCCAAAGCAGCUCUCGCCACGCUCGGCCUUAACAUUAGCUGCAUUCAUCUCUUUUAAACCUUUUAAUUUAUUGUGCCGGUUAUGUUGACUAGUGACCUUAUUCAACACUAAACAACAACGACAAACACUAGAUAGAUAAAUAAAUAAAACGGUUCCGCAAUCCGGACGGAUCGAGACGGAUGUCCUCACAGAGUGCGUUCGCUGACACUUGAAUCUUUUGUUCUUGAUUUGUUCACUUGACGAGAAUGUUUGUAUCGACCUGAAUGGGCUCUGACUUCACUGUGAGAAACGUCUCCUCCACAUCCAAUCAUCUCUCUUUCUUUUGUUUUGUUUUUCCUUGUCGUAUGAACAGCAUGUAUCCAGAUGCUUUUCACUCAGAGGAAUGCGUGUCAUUUUUUUUUGUGUGUGUGUGUGUGUGUGUGUGUAAAUGCUCUCGCUGACAGACGUGCACAUAGUCAGAUGCAUGAGCUCCGUUUAAUCAACCAGUGACACAAGCAGCUUUUUCCAUUAAACAAACCCAGUAAGACAUGCUGACGUCAACCUGGACUCCUCUGCUCAGAGUAUGUUUUUCUUUUUUCUUUUAUUGUUUUAACGGAAUAAAAGGGAGGGGGAGAGAAAAACCCUUUUCUUCGUAGCGGUAGUUAACGCCACUCCAGUUGUGGAAUGCCUCCUUCCGGUUUCGGGCGCAGAACGGACCGCAUGCGUUAAAAAACGUCGGACUCGAAGCGGACUUGUCGAUCGGUUCCCACAUCCUGCUUCUUAGGCGUGUUAAGGUCGUAGGUUAGCAGCUUCUUAUUGACCUCUGCCUCCGAACGCGACGUGCGCUUCCUUUCCUUUUUCUGCAGCUCAACUCUCACACUGUAAAGAAAAAAAAAAAACGAAAAAAAAAACGAUAUGCAACAUGAAGAGAGGAAUGUUUUUAGACGUUUUUUUGUAAAUAAAGGCUUGAAAUUUUUCUACCGGAAAAAAGAAAAACAAAAA